AUGAUGAAAAUUUAAUACAAUGUGGAUCAAACUCACUAAAAUUUCUUAGUUAGUAUGAAAGUCGAUAUUAGAAAUUAAAAUUUUGAAAACAUCAGAAUUAAGAAUACUUCUUUAUUGGGAGCUAAUUUUGUUAGAUGA